AGGCGAGCCGGCGCUGAUGGAUGGCCACCCGACGGAGCGCUCCGGCCAAGGGCGGCGGGCGGAUCGGGGCCCUCGCUGAAGGCGCCCGGGCGAGAUAACGACACCCGGCCAUGCAGUCCUUUCGCGAAAGGUGUGGUUUCCACGGCAACCAGCCGAACUACCAGCCGACUUCUUCGCAAGAUUCAUCACGCCUGGAGAAUUACAGACAUCACAGCCAAGCGGGCCCGCACUGUGAACGGCAACGGCUGGUGGCAAAGGAGUACUAUGGCCAGCCGCCGCCGCAGCCGCCGCCGCAGCUGCCUUACCAAGGGUACGGCGAGAACAGCACCGUGGAGAAGUACCACCGGGGAAAUAAGCAAUUACGUGGCCAACAGCUGCAGGGCAGGCCGUCAUCCUUUCCAAAUUACACUGUCCAAGAGAACAGCCCCUACCCAGCCCGCUAUUCCGGGGAGGAGGGCCUGCAGGCUUGGGGGUCGCAGCAGCAGCAGCCACCGCCACCGCAACCUUUACCGGGAGGAGUGGCUAAGUAUGAGGAGAACUUGAUGAAAAAGACAGCUACUCCCUCGGGCAACAGGCAGUACCACGAGCAAGCCCCUCAGCUCCCGUUCCGAACUCACUCUUUACACCUCCCGCAGCAGCAGCCGCCGCCACCGCAGCCGCAGUCAACCUUGACGUAUUCCAAGCUCCCCCGGCAGAAGCUCCAGAAUGACGUCUCUUCCCCCAUGCCGUUUCCACAGGGCGCCCAUUUCCCCCAACAUUCCCAGUCGUUCCCACCUUCCUCGACGUAUUCCUCGGUCCAAAGUGGGAGCCAAGCCACGCAUUCCUACAAAAGCUGUAACGCUCCCUCUGCACCACCUCCGCCGCCCCAUGAAAGGGCUCUUGGAAAUGCUGCUACCCUGCCGGCUGGGCAAAGGGUCCAGAGUCUGCACGGCUACCAGGCUAACCGUAUCAGUUACGACCAGCAGCAGCAGCAGCAGCAGCAGCAACAGUCCCUGCAAGGGAGGCACCAUGCACAGGAAGCGCUUCACUAUCAAAGCCUGGCAAAGUACCAACAUUACAACCAGCCAGGCCAGAGCUACUGCCAACCUGAUGCUCCCGUGAGGACACCGGACCAGUAUUACCAAACCUUUAGCCCCAAUUCCAGCCAUUCCCCCGCUCGCUCAGUCGGCCGGUCACCAUCAUAUAGUUCCACCCCUUCCCCAUUAAUGCCUAACUUGGAGAACUUCCAAUACAGCCAACAGUCUCUAAGCACGGGGGCAUUCCCAGCCAGCCUCGCUGACCACAGCCACUUCAUGCCUUUGCUAAACCCUUCGCCGACGGACGGGGCAAGCCCGGACACUCAGCCCGCUGGAAAUUGCAAGAACUUGCAGAAGGAGAAGAUCCCUGAGAACCUCCUGUCAGAUUUGAGCCUUCAGAGCCUGAGUGCGCUCACCUCUCAAGUCGAGAACAUUUCCAAUACUGUCCAGCAGCUUCUGCUUUCCAAGUCCACAGGGAUAGCUCAGAAGAAAGGUCUCAAAAAUUCCCCUAGGACUCCGGAGCAGCUCAAAAGUCAGCACUGCAGCCCCGAAGGUAAUAAUUACUCUGCCGAGCAAGCAGGGACUCCUCUAUCCGACCCCCUCAGCACCCCACAGUCUGUCCACGCUGAAACCCAGGAGGCUGAUUACCUGAGCGGGUCUGAAGACCAACUGGAGAGGGGCUUCCUAUAUUGCAAUCAAAGCCGCAGCCCAGCCCGCGUCAACAGCAACUCCAAGACCAAACCUGAGUCUGUUUCCACUUGCUCGGUGACAUCUCCAGACGACAUGUCAACCAAGUCGGAUGAUUCCUUCCAAAGCAUCCACACCAGCCUGCCGCUGGAGACCUUUACCAAGUUUGUUGCCACUGAGAGGGACUGUCCCAGACUGCUCCUCAGUGCCCUUUCCCAAGAGGAGCUUGCAUCUGAGAUAAUCGGUUUGCAAGAUGCGAUCAACGAGAAAACAGACAAAGGCUGGGCCAAUUCUCCUGUGCCGAGUAAAGACCCUGACAAAUCCCCCUUCCAGAAUCACAGAACCUGCCUGGACUCAGUGGUCAAGAGCCCAUGGUCCAACCAAGGGGACUCAAGUACCCUCACAGAACCUCUGAAGUUAGACAAAACCUUGGGAGGGAAUAACCAAAAGAACUUCACCGAGGAGGUUUACGACAACUCCCAGGUGGCAUUUACGGCAGCAGACACCAAGAGUUCCAUAAAAACGACCAGCUCGGUAGGGUACCCCACCAAACCCAACAUCUCAACUGUCACCUCCAGCUCCGAAGCCACAACCUUCAGCUGCUACUCAAACGCUACAGCUAAUUCCGUGGGUUCCGAAAAUGCCAUGGAGAAUUUUGACUGGCCAGAUGAGAACCUCAGCGACACGUGGAAAGAGCUCGGGUCAAGCCUUCAAGCCUCUGACCUUCCCAAAAGUUUGUUUUCCGGCAAGCUGAGCGAGAGUUGCGAGGAGAAAAAAAACACUUGCUGCCUCAGCCUUUGCGACAGUGAACAGCCAGCUGAGACUGCUGAGAUGUUCAGUCAGCAGCAAGCCAACAAGGGCGAGAACUUAACAUAUGAUGAGGCCACUAGAACAGACAAUGAACGUUGGCUUGAGGACACGACGAGGCAUUCCUGUUCAGGUGGAGACUUCAGCGAACUCCCAAUGAUGUCCUCGCCAGACCUGAAGGAAUCUGAUUUGGAACCGGAAGAGUAUUCCUCUCUGUGUGAUCUAGCUGGAUCCGAGCAAAAAUCUAUGACUUACGACUCGUUCACGCCCAAGCCUGCCGAGAAUGCCCCAGCUCUUUCCCUCCAAGAAACACCAGGUUCGGCGGAAGAAUCAGCAAAUGCGGUUGGGAAGGAGAAUACAGCUCCCUCCUCUCACUUGUCGGAUCAGUCCGUCAUCCUUUUAGGCCCAGCCGUCGGGACUGAAACAAAGGUGAAAAGUUGGUUUGAAUCGUCUCUGUCUCACUUGAAGCCGGAGGAGGAGGCAGUGGGAGGUGAAGAGCCCCUUCCUGGAAAGACAGAAACUCCAGCAGCCUUGCCAGCAAAGAAACCAAUUCCUCCAGAAAAGGGUCUCAGUGUAUCGGAACCAACCUCUUUGGGCAAAAGUCUUCGGAGUAAGAAAGUCCUCAGCAGGUUGUCGGGGGGAGAAGAAAUGGAGAAGCCCAUGGCGAGCCCUUGUACAGCCACCCAGGCAGCGGGCGUAGUGGCCAACGCAUGUUCAGGGCCCAACAAUCUGAUUGAAAUGCCAAGUAAGAGCGCCCAUGGGCAGACACCAAGGUUUCCAGCUGAGGGUUUGCCUGCUCGGAUGUGUACUCGUUCAUUCACUGCCUUGACUGAGCCCAGGAUACCGGACCCUCUGGAAGGCUCCAAGGCCUCGGCCCUUCAAGAAAAGCUGGGCAAGAAGCCGCCUUGUGCGGUAAAACCAAGAGCUGCUUUCAAAGCCAGGAAGGCCAAUGGGAAGCCUUCUCCAAAGCCAAGCGAUCCAGCUCCUUCACUAAUCCCUGACGUGGUGCAGAAUGAAGAUCCAGAUAGUCAGAAGGCCAAAGAAGCCGAUCCACAAGAGACAGAAAUGAAAGAUCAACAGUCCAUGAUCCUCCGCUCCCGCACCCGGACUCAGGCGGUGUUCUACACCAAGCGAAGGAGAGAGAAGAGCUCCUUGGACAUGGAGCUCAAGAAUGGGAAACCAAGCAAGAAGCUCCAUCCCAACAGCCACCUGCCCGGCCCCUGCAAGUUGACCCCUCAAAGCCAGGCUCCAAAAGAGAGCAAGCUGAGCAAGAGAGUGAAGCUGGCUAAAGCCAGGCCAGGAAUCAGCGCCAAAUUGUCCGAGCGGCCACUUCAUGCCUUGAAAAGGAAGUCCACCUUCAUCCCCCCAGUUCCUGCUAAGAAAAGGAAUUUGGUUUUGAGGAGUAGUAGUCAGAGCAGCAUCGAGAAGGAUGAAAAGACUGAAGCUGAUCCCAGCUUGUUGAAGAGGCUGUCCUCGGCCCCCAAAGCAAAAGUGGUUUCCAAGAAUUCCUGUGAGACCUUGACGAAAUCCCCUCUGGUGAAAGAUUCCCCCGCCGUCUGCAUAAAAAUCACCUCCCGAGCCGCCUUCCAGGGAGCCAUCAAGACAAAAGUGCUGCCCCCAAGGAAAGGCAGGGGCUUGAAGCUGGAAGCCAUUGUCCAGAAGAUAACCUCUCCCAAUUUGAAAAAGUUCGCCUGCAAAACCGCCGCCGUGGCUGUCUCGGCGGCCAUCGCCGCCACCGCCACCUCGCACAGUAAUCCUCUGAGCCCUUCCCUACCAGAGAGGGAGCAGGCCUCAAAGAAUGCAAGCGUAACCCCAGCAGUGGGAGAAGCCAGACCAUUAAACUCAGCCGUGUCACAAAAGGCUCCUGCCGCUCCGGCAGCCGAGCAAUUAUGCAGAAACCCGAACAACAGAUCCUUCAGAGGGAAACUAAUGAACAGUAAGAAACUGUCCUCCAACUGUUUCAAGGGUGAGGCCUAUUCAUCUCCCGAGACGCUGCAGCACAGCAGCGACAGCAUGGCUACCAACGGCACCGGCCUGCUGCCCAAGAAAAGGAACAGAAAAGGGAAAGCUGCGGCUUUCCGGGCAGCCAAAAAUAGCUUGGACAAGUGCCCUCACUUGAGCCCCACUCUGCUGCUGGUGUCCAGAGAGAAGGUGGCGGCGGGGGCAGCAGGAGGGAAAGUAGAAGAGAGACAAAGAGAGGGGAAGAAACCCAAGGCCGAGGACAAAGGCUUCGGCAGCGCCGAGAGCUCAGAGGGGAAAGCCUCCCAGGCCCAAACCCGGGCGCAGAAGCAGCGUGCCAACCACUCAAACUACAACGGCUACACGAAGAGACAAAGGAAGCGCCUCAGCCGCCGGAAGGCCAAAAGCGUGCCCUCGAGGUGUAAGAGCCGGGCCAAGAGGCGGCACCAACAGCAGAACCCGCUGCUGAGCCCCACCGAGCCAGAAAUCCGGCUGAAGUACGUAUCGUGCAAACGGCUGAGGGCAGAUAGCCGGGCGCCCCCUUUCUCCCCGUACGUCCGAGUCGAGAAGCGGGAUGAGUUCGUCACCACCUGCACCAUUGUCAACUGCCCAGCCGAAGAGGCCAAGCUCCACAACGAACGUUCUUCGUCCGGUCAGGGCGGACUUUUCAGGACUGCCCAUUUGCAGCCCCAGGCAAUCCUACCUCUGUCGUCCACCAUGCACCUCGGCCCGGUGGUCUCCAAGACCCUCAAUGCCACCUGCCUGGUCUGCUGCCUGUGCCGGAACCCGGCCAAUUAUAAAGACCAAGGGGACCUCUGCGGCCCGUAUUACCCCGAGGAUAGCCUGCCGAAAAAGAAGUCGAGGCUGAAAGAGAAGAUCAAAGUGGAGGGGGUGGGCGAAGAGCCUCCUUCGCCUCCUCUGGCAGAUCGACUGCUCAAAGCGACAGAUAAUAAUUGUGCAACUAGUACGUCGUCGGGUGGAAAACCGCCAAGGUUGGACAGUGGCGCUGACUCAGCAAAACAGAGUGCUCUCCGCUCCAGUUCGAGGGGGAUGUUUAGGAAACUACAAAGCUGCUACUGCUGCGAUGAGAGGACAGAGGGAGAGGAGGCGGUGGCAGCGGUGGCGGCUGCCGAGAAGCCCAGGAGGCACGAGUGCGGCAAAGCCGAGUCGCCGUCUCCGGAGUCGGUCGGAGACACACAAGAGCACUGGGUCCAUGAGGCCUGCGCGAUAUGGACAGCUGGGGUUUACCUGGUGGCGGGGAAGCUCUAUGGACUUCAAGAGGCAAUAAAGAUGGCUGCCAACGCGAGAUGUUCCAGCUGUCAGCAAGUGGGAGCGACCGUUGGCUGUUGCCAUAAGGGUUGUGCCCAAACUUUUCAUUACACGUGUGCCAUCGAUACAGGUUGUUUGUUAACCGAAGAGACCUUCUCUCUGAACUGUCCCAAGCAUAAGAAGCAGCCGUUAUAAUCCAAGGGACAAUUCACCUCCCCAGAGUUGAGUCCCGGAAUAGCAGAGGAUGGCUUGGCGUUUCGGCCUGUCCCCCCCCCCCAAGAUGGUGGCUGCAACCAAGGCCAACUCCGGACAGGAGAGACAACAAGAAUGUAACCCCGUUGUCUUUGCAAUAUUACUUUCUGCCAGAUGCGCAAUGGACCUGGCUGCAGGAGGGAGUCCUUUCUUCCAGCCUCCACUCUCUUUUGCACCGGCCACCACAGAGCCAAUUCCAAAGGGCGUCCAACUCUGGCUCCAGCCCUCUUCUUCCUCACCAGCUCCCGGGAACCCUGUUUAAUCUCAUGACAGGCCAACACAGAACCCGGACACAGAACACCUGCUCCUUCCAUUCCGGUUGGCGGCGCGAGACCACAGAACGGUUCCCGGUUGGCCUCCUCCCACCCUUCCCCGGAACGCUUCCCCAAAAGCCAGUUUAAGAGAAAAGAAAAUCCACUUCCAGGAUUUUCUUCCCAUUCCCGCACACCUUCCGCACUUAGGAGCUGUAACCAAUACUGAUAAGCUAACAUCUUUCACCUGGGACCCAGCGACUGACAAAACCUGGCCUGGAGCUUGUGUUUUUUUUUUUCCUGUGCACCUCCUCGCAGCAAAUCUUGAAGGACUGCCCCCUUCCUUUGGAAUGUACACCUUGCAAGCAGAUUUUACUGGAAGGCAGGUGGCUGAUGGUCUCCGAUUCAGUCCAGACAGUACCAGGCUCAGUUGCAUUUUGGAACUCCCUCCAGCUGCACAGGAGAUGGGAGGGUGGUGAAGGCAGACAGGCUAGAGGGGGCAAGAAGAGAAGGAGUCCCGUUCCUCCUUUUCUCUCUCUCUCUCUCUUUCUUGACAUGCCGGACUCUGAGAGCUCUCUGAGCCCUCCGUCUGUUUUUUUCCUGAUCUGAUCUAUUUUUGCCUUCAACGAACCUCAUGGUGUAUGCGUGUGUGUCUGUAUAUAUAUAUAUGUGAUCAGCGUGUAAAAAAAAAAAAAAAAAGAAGCGCCCUGCUGUUUUGGAAA